AUGGCGCACAUCGCAGGUUAUAUGACAGUGGAGGAAGGCCACUCCAGUGACCAGGCGGAGCCCAGGCCGUGCGGACCAAGGGUCAGGCCCACGCUUGGCUUGGCGCUCACCGGUCUGGUGCUGGUGGCGGUGCCCAUGCUCUUCAUGUGCAACGUCCGUGCCUUCUUCGGCUCCGGCGAGCACUGCAGUGCCGAUGCCCAUGUGGCCGAUGUGUCCCACGCGGCCGAGAAGUACUCGUUGGGACGCAGUGGAAUGAGCCGACUCGUCAGCGGAGUCGGUCGAGUCACUGGAGCUGUGAUCGGAUCGACCAUGCACCACACGAUCGUGCCAACGGCGCCAAGCACCGGAGUUGGAGCUGUGCACCACGUGCACCACUACGUCACUGCGCCGGUCUCGCCGGUCGCCCCGAUCUUCCACACUGAGACCGCGCCGAUCAGCACGGUGCAGACGGUUCACACCGUUCAGGUGCCCGCUCCAGCGCCCGAACCGGUCCACACCGUGCUGCGUCGCCACUACGGCACCGUCUAUCGGAAGGUCCCGGUGAACCACUACGUCCACGUGCAGAUGCCCGAGAAGGCCCCAAUCGUCCACACCGUUCAGAUUCAGACUCCCGCGAAGAGCUACAACUGCGACGGAAUGGGAUCCCACCCAGAUCCAAGCUGGUCCAGCCAGCACACCCGUUGGUGCUGCUACAAGUACAAGAUGUACUGCCCUGUGGCCGUGGUCGACAAGGACUACUACCACACUGUCACCAACAUCCAGCCCGUUCGUGUACCGGUGCCGGAGCCCAUGCCAGCACAUGCGCCCAUCAUCCACACCAUCCACCAUACCUACCACGUGCCCAGCCCACCUCAGUAUGUGCACGUUCAAGUGCCAGGCCCUACCGUGGUGAAGCCCGUGGUGAUGAACGAGAACGUCCCUGUUCCCGUGCCGGAGCCGCCUCAAGUCAUCAACGUGAAGCGACCCUAUCCCGUGCACGUGCAGGGCCCUGACCACUACGUGAAGGUGCCAGUGCCAUCGCCUCCUCAUGUGGUCACACACUACCACACCCAGUGGAACACUGUGGUGGACCAGCAAUAUGAUUGCCAGAACGGCGUUGAGAACUUCCAGCAGCUUUGGUCUCAUUCCAAGCAGACCUGGUGCUGCUCCCACUUCAACUCCGGCUGCGGACAUUGGGAGAAGGUGGUCCAUGUGUACCACAGCUACGACUGCCAAGCCGGCUUCUCCAACUGGUACCAUGGCUGGUCCAGCAACAAGAAGGACCCGGACUGGUGUUGCAGCCACCAGCAGAGGGGUUGCCCAGGCACUUGGCAUGGUCACUGGCAGCACCAUGUGCAGGUUCAUGUCGAGCAUGGAGUUGGCCACGGAGGCUAUGACUGCAAUGCGGGCGCCUCCAACUGGAUGCAGGGAUGGUCCUCCAAGAAGAAGGACUGGUGCUGCAGCAAUGGCCACUCCCAGUACUGUGUGAAGUUCCAUUGCCAUGGCGAUCAUGCAAAUGUAGCAGCCUGGUCUGGCGAUCAGCGCGACUUCUGCUGCAAGAACUUCCAGUUGGGAUGCCCUCACACCACCUUGUCGCCCUUGGGCUGCGACGCGCAGUGCACUUUGCACGGUGAGACCAGCACCUGCCAGCAGCGCAUCGAUUGGUCCAAGCAAAAUGUCUUCUCUGGCAAGGGCAAUGCUUGCAAUUUGGCAUACAGCAAGGUGCAGGUGGAGUGCGACGUGUGCCGCGCAUGCACCGUUCAGGCGGCGGGCUGUGGAGUGCAAGGCCCAGGCAAGGAGGCCUUCGAUUGCAACGCCGCACUUGGCAACUGGUGCCGUGCUUGGUCUCCUUCCAAGAAGGUGUGGUGCUGCAACAACCAGCAGAAGGGCUGCCAGUCCCCAGACACUCCGCCCAACUGUGAUGCAGGCGCCGGCAAGGUGUGGAAGAAGGUGAUGAUCAGCGGCCACUGGUCUUGGGAGUCUCAGAUGGCAGGUGCUGCUACCUCAGUGGCCAAGCCUUAUGCCUGCCAUGCCGGUCUCGCUGGCUGGGAGCAUGGUUGGUCAGGCGCCAAGAAGUCCUGGUGCUGCUCUCAUGAGCAGUUGGGCUGCCCGGGCUAUGUCUACCAUGGCCCUGGUGCACAUGGACACACCCACGUGGUCGUCACUCAUCACUUCGUCGCCGGAGCUGGUGCUGCUGGGGCGGCUGCCGGAGCUGCUGGGGCCAUGUCCGGCCACAGCUGGUCCUCCGGUGGUAGCCACAGCUGGUCGUCAGGUGCCAGCUACCACCACCACCACGUGGUCCACCAUGUGGUCCACUGA